CUUUUAAUCAUUGCUUAUUGGUAGUGCUUUAUUAUCUCUCAUAUUGAAAGGAAUGCAAUGAAAAAUGAAUAAGACCAUUUAGUCCUUGAGAAACUAGGUUGAAGACAACUUUCUUCAUCACUUCCUCCAAACGUUGCAGGAAUAGCUGGUUCAAUUUUUUGGUUCUUGGGCGUUUGAGGACUUCGUUCACUGUAUUAAGGUGUUUGCCGUUGGGGCUUUAUUUGAAGUUAGAUUUCAACCAAUACGAAAGACUUAUUAACAAUUAGAGGAAACUGAAAAGGUGGAAAGGAGAUGGCUGAGGAGUGUCGCGAUGUGAUAAGUGCCAUAAACCUUGUGAAGGGCCAGCAUUUAGGUAGAACGACCAUUACUCAAUUGGAGGAUGCUACAAAGCACCUAACGCGUGUAGCUGUAUUUCUCACGAAUCUGGAGAAGCGCUACCCUGAGAAUGGGAUAUCUGGACAACUUAGGCCCCUAUUUCUAGAAGCUCGUGAUGGCUUUUCUGAGAUAUGUUCUCGUUUUCCUCGUUUCAACCUUACCAUUAAAAUGGGGAACAUUGCUGAGAAAUUCAAAGCUUCAAAGGCAUCAAAGCUUCAAAUGAUUUCAGAGGUGCUGAAAAUAAUUGAACAUGAGACUAUUGCUAAGCGAAUCAGAGCUUCAAAGCCAUCAAGAUCAUCUAGUCGAAUCACUAUGGAGAUGGUGGGGUUUGUUGAAUCUUUGCUUGGUUCUGUUCACCGUGCUCUGUUCUUUAUUAGUGUAGGGCCUGCAGCAUCUUUGCUUGACAAGAAGCUCCGACAUCUACGAGUCUUCUUCACAUUAAUUGCAAAGCGGUGCAUUGAGCAUGAGAGUAUGAAGGAUCUCUUCAACCAUGUUGAGGAUGUAGCUUACACUGCUGCAUACCUAUGUUUCUUGGGGUCGAACUGCAAUAUGGAUGGCGAGUUCUCUAAAUUGCUGGAAAGGGUAAGUCGGCCCUUUAGCCCAGAAUUGAGGCAGAUUUAUCUGAGUGCCUUGAUAGGGUUAAAGUCAUCAAGCUCUGAGACUACUACAAUAUUGAAUGCCAAAUAUAUGCUGGAUUUUGUUAGUGCUCUCCGGGAGGAUCUAAGACCUGGAUGUGAUGGUCGAAUUAGGUGGCUCCAAAGAGGACUUUCUUACCUUUCUCGAUUUCUCAGGGACGUAGAAUCUUAUCCCCUUCCACUUGGAGAAGUGAUUUCUCUUCGAUUAAAUAUGGAAGCUCUGGCCAUUGGGGCAGCAAAUGCUAUCUACUCCUCCUAUGAUGAGCACAACACUACUGAAAUAGACGAUGUGCUUUUUCAUUUGCAACUGAAGUUUAAUUAUGUCAAGGUGGAAAUCGAUCUGAUUCGGCUACUAACCCGUCAAGCCGCCAUCACAAUAGGUCCUAUGAAAUCUCUGAUUGACUAUGUUUGGAGUGAGCUGAUAUUCUUUAGAAAUUAUUUCAUGGAUGCAUUAAAGCAGUUUAAUGAGGAGACUAAGAUAACUGUUAUUUUGACUUCUAUUCAAUCUGCGAUUAGCCAAGCAUGGUCAGUCUGUGAUUCUCUUUGUCAUGACUCAGAGCAAGAAGACUCUAUUUCUAAUGAUACGGAGCAAGAAGACUUGGUCAGGGAAAUGAUUAAUUGCUUGCAUUUUCAGUUGCUUCUUAAAUUCAAGUUUAUUAAGGCAGCGAUUAGACAGAUGUAUCCCAGCAUUUCUGCAUCAUCAACAUUAGACCAUCCCACGAUAAGUCUGCUGAACUUUCUUCCUAUGAACUUUGAGGUUAUUGAUUCCUAUUUCAGCAUGCUGAAAUCCUCCAAUACAUCAUCCCCACAUAGGCCCAUGAUGGAUGAGGUUUUGAUGGGGUUUCAUGAAUAUAUUCUCAAAAAUCUGCUACUGAAGGAUGAAACCAAUUUGACGUUUACUAUUGCAGGUGAGGUCAAAAAGUUUUAUGGUGGGUUAUUGCUCCUGGUAACAUAUCUUAUUGAACCUCUAGUUCCUCACAUUGAAUGUAGGGAGCAAAAUAAUGUCUCGACAGGAUAUGGAACCAUUGCAAUUGAGGCGCAAUCUGCUAUGAGUUUAUCUUAUGAGGAUUCUAUGAAUAGCAACAACUGUAGGGAGGUCAAUCUUGUUCUUCAAUUUUUGACUGUGGCUUUCUGGCUUAUCAAGUCUGAGGGAAGCUUGAUGGAUAUACUAAAGCACAAAGCCACUUUGGAAUAUCAAGUUCUGGAUCUGAUUGAGAGUGCUCGUGAAGAGCUUAUUUUCAUUAGAUCUAUUCUCAUGGAUCUUCUCAGGCAACACACAGAACUUAACAAAUUGGAUGAUAUCUUAAUGCAUGCUGAAGUGACUGCGAAAAAGUUAGCAAUACUCAGUGAUUCUUGUUAUGAAAUUUUCCAGGACGGAAGCAGCACUGACAUAAUGAGGCCUUGGUUAUCUGAUUCUCUACAAGAGAUUGAGUCUGUCAAGGUAGAGUUCAGAAAAGUAUGCUCUCAAGUUCUGGAUGUAUCACCUUUGACCAUGACAGAUGGAGAAGGCCUUAUUAAUUUCUUAUUAAACCACCAGGACAAGGUGCCGAACAAUGAUGCUGCUUCUUUUAAUGAAAGUUUCAUGGAUGGAAGCAGCAGUGAGAAUCUGGAACUUUCAUCAUCUGAUUUUCUAGGGGUGAUUGAGUCUGUCAAGGUAGAGGAGGUCAGAAAUGCAUGCAAUCAAGUUGUGGAUGCAUCACCCUAUGAGAUGCGUAAGACAGAUGGAGAAGGCUUUAUCAAUCUGUUAACACAACAGAACAAGGUGCUGGAGUAUGAUACUGGUUCAAUCUUUUUUCUGCAUAAUCAAAUCUCAGUAGUUAAAGACAAACUAUUGGACAUGGGAUCUUUACUUGUAGAUAUUGUACAGUACCGCAAUAUGCAUCUUGAACUCAAAGAUCUUGCUAAACGCGUUCAAGAUAAAAACUACAUUUGUUUCUUCUCCAUCAAGGGGUAUAUUCCUGCUUGGUAUUACACAUUAUAUCUCUCUGAUGUCAAGCAGUUGAUUAAGCUUGUUGAGGCAGAGGUAAAGACGAUUUGUCUGAAAGUUCCAGAUUCUUCAAGUUAUAGCUUCCCCAAGACAAAUGGGCUAGGAUUUCUCAAUUGCUUUUUGGGCAAAUUGGAGGAGCUUUUAUGUUCUAAGCUUGAUUUGGCUGUCGACUUAAAUCAUCAGAUUGGAUCAGUCAAGGAGGGUUUACUGUAUCUAACAUCAUUGAUUGGUCAUUUUUCAGAAAACUAUGAUGAGCAUGAUGAAGUUUAUGGUCUUAUAACAAGUGUUACUGUAUUGGCAUACAAGGCCGAGUAUGUCAUUGACUCAUGCUUGGCCUAUUCUCAUCCACUCUGGUACAAAGUUCUUUGGAUUUCUGAAGUUGUUGAGAAUAUUAAGAUUGUAAAUAAAGUUGUUAGGGAGACUUGUGAAAGAAACAAGUUUGAGGUGACAGUGCAUGAAGUUGCAAAGACCUCCACUAAUCUUGCACCGUCGUUUUCAGAUAAUACUCAAAGAACAAACGAAGAAAUGGAGGGUUUCCAGGAUACAAUGGACGAAUUAAAGGAGCAGCUACUUGGAGGAUCACCUCAACUAGAUGUCAUCUCAAUCGUUGGCAUGCCAGGAUUGGGCAAGACUACAUUAGCGAAGAAGAUUUACAAUGAUCCAACAGUCACCUCUCACUUUGAUGUCCAUGCUCAAUGUCUUGUGACUCAAAUAUAUUCAUGGAGGGAGUUGUUGCUGACCAUCUUGAAUGAUGUUCUUGAGCCUGCUGAUCGCAAUGAAAAAGAAGAUGGUGAAUUAGCUGAUGAGCUACGCCGAUUUUUGUUGACUAAGAGAUUCUUGAUUCUCAUUGAUGAUGUGUGGGACAACAAAGUGUGGGACAAUUUACAUAUGUGCUUCAGAGAUGUUCGGAAUGGGAGUAGAAUUAUUCUAACAACCCGGCUGAGUGACAUUGCCAAUUAUGUUAAAUGUCAAAGUGAUCCCCAUCAUCUUCGUUUGUUCAGAGAUGAUGAGAGUUGGACAUUGUUACAGAAAGAGGUAUUUCAAGGGGAGACCUGUCCACCUGAACUUGCAGAUGUGGGAUCUCGGAUAGCAAGGCGUUGUAGAGGGUUGCCUCUCUCAGUGGUGUUAGUAGCUGGUGUUCUGAAACAGAAAAAGAAGAAACUAGAUUUGUGGAAAGUAGUAGAAGAAAGUCUAGGUUCCCAGAGCAUUGGCAGCUUAGAAGAGAGCAUGUCUAUAAUUGGAUUCAGUUACAAGAAUUUACCACACUAUCUUAAGCCUUGUUUUCUCUAUUUUGGAGGAUUUUUGCAGGGUAAGGAUAUUCAUGUCUCAAAAUUGACUCGGUUGUGGGAAGCCGAAGGGUUUGUACAAGCAAACAAGGAAAAAAGACAAGAUGAUGCCGCACAAGGUUUCUUGGAAGAUCUUAUUCGUAGAAAUCUAGUAAUGGGCAUGGAGAAGAGACCCAAUACCAAGGUGAAAACGUGCCGCGUUCAUGAUUUGUUGCAUAAAUUCUGCAUGGAAAAGGCCAAACUAGAGAAUUUCCUUCUCCAGAUCAAUAGUGGAGAGGAUGUGUUCCCUGAACAGCUGGAGGAAUACCGACUGUUUGUUCACUCUUACCAAGAUGAAAUCGAUUUGUGGCGGCCAUCUCGCUCAAAUAUCCGCGCUUUACUAUUCAAUGCAAUUGAUCUGGAUAACUUGUUAUGGCA